GGGCGGUCGGUUGUCGGGAAAAACAAAGAUGAUGGUUAUUCCUUCAAUCAACCAGGACGGAUCUUGUAAGCAGUGUGCCAACUGCAGCACGACCGAUACGCCCAGCUGGCGCCGGCACCCAGAGACACAGGAUCUGCUGUGCAAUGCUUGCGGUCUUUUCCUGCGUCUCCAUCGAAAGCCGCGCCCGAUUGCGCUCGACGACGAGGGCCGCGUCCAGGUUAUCCGCAAGAACGCGGCGGUCCGGAGGGAGCCAAUCAACCUGGGUCGCAGCAGUUCGAUCAACGGCAAUUAUUCAAACGACACCUACCAUAAUGGCGGUUACCCUGCUGCGCUGCAGUACCAGCCUGGCCAGUACGGAUAUUCGCAGGGAUAUCUGCAGCCGCUGCCGCCGCCGCUGCGCACCACAACUUCGUUAACUGGUCUGCAAGGCAUUGGUGAGCCAUUCACGUCGCUGACUCUGCAGUCACCAGUACCAACUCCGUCACACCAUUCUGUCUUUGGUUCUCAGCUCAGCAUCGAUGACAUGCUGCAGUUCCGCCAGUUCGAGUCGCAGCCGGCAAUUCUGGGCUCAGAGAUAAUGACUCCUGCCACUGUGAAUAGCAACGGCAACGCGUCGCCGCCGCCACCACUGUUCCCAUCUGGAUCACCUUGAUUCUGAACAACAAAAAAUAAGCACAUGUGUAUUUGUCGUCGUAUUUUUUUGUAUUUCG